AUGACUUGUGUAGGUGAAGAGGAUGUAAGCAAGCUCGAACCAUACAUACAGUUCCAAUGCAGUGUCUGUUUUCUGAACGAAAAGUGUCUUUUUGGAGACCUUAAGGCAUCAGAUGGCUUUUAUCCUACCCCUGUUUUCUACAUGCGAGAUCCUUUUGAGCCACCUCGGCGAGUAAAAGGACAGAAGCCUCUCCUUUCUGAUUUCUUGGUCAUCGGUUCAUCCUGUUCAUUGUGCAACCAAUCUGUUUGUCUUGAUAAAGCGUGCAGUAUAUACUUCGGGGCUACGUUUUGCACUACUUGUGUAAUACGUGAGCGACGACGAUUUCCGGAGAAAGUGCUACAGGUAUACGAGAUUAUUUUUCACUAUUGUAUUAGAAGGUAUGGAAAACUCGCCUGCAUGCUUCACAUUACUCCCUUAGGUGGUGGCCAAGGCUCAGUCUCUUGCUUCUAA